UCGUGUAAGUUGCGCAGGCUCCUAGGCGCGCCCGUCACCCUCAAGUGUAAUAACUGGCUCCUAUAGAUUUUUUGACUAUUAUUCAUGUAGCCUACGUUCUCAUUAUGCACGCCCGCCGACCAUCAGGAUUCUUUUUUACUUUUCUCUUGCAAUACCUGUGUCUUCACACAAUGACUAUUCACUUUUACAUCUCCCCAAAAUGCACAGCAGACGCCAAGGUUGUCACUGACGGCCAAGUACCGCCGAGCUACGCUAAAGACGCGCUUUCAGUACCAGCGUUAUCCAGAAGAAAACAUUUGCAACGGGCGCUAAAAAACUCAGUUGAACCACAUGACUACAUGCUUUCUAUUUAUAAGACAUUUUCUGCUGCAGAGAAGCUGGGACUGAAUGCCAGUUUUUUCCGUGCCUCCAAAGCUGCGAACACCAUUACGAGUUUUGUGGAUAAUGGGCAAGAUAACCCUUUGAAUUCUCCACUAUGGAAACAGACAUAUUUGUUUGAUGUUUCAACUCUCUCUGAUAAAGUGGAACUGCUGGGGGCUGAACUGAGAAUAUACACAAAAGUCUCCAAAAGCUUCAUAGCAUCCGAACCAGGUCCAGUGGAGAUUCAGCUCUAUUCCUGCCAGUCCCACACACUUCUGAACUCCAAAACCCUAGACUUGGAAGACUCUCACAAACAAAGAUGGGAGGUUCUAGAUGUGUGGGACAUUUUUACUGAGCAUCGCCUGCACGCCCAAGGGAAGCACUUCUGUCUGGAGCUUAGGGCUGCCCUCGACAACCCUGAGAGGCAAACAGACCUGCAGCAUCUCGGAUUUCACAGACACGGUCGGCCGCAUCGAAAGAAAGCCAUCCUGGUGGUGUUCACCAGGUCGAAGAAGAGGCAGGGCCUUUUCCACGAGAGGAGGGAGAAGAUCAAACUGUUGUACCCGGACCGGGCUGGAGCAGAGAAAGCUCCCCGCCCAAAACCCUGGAGGAAGCGCCGCGCAGCCUCCAUCGGCCGGCAUGGCAAGCGGCAUGGCAAAAGGUCCAAGUCCAGAUGCAGCAAGAAGCCACUACAUGUCAACUUCAGGGAGCUGGGCUGGGAUGACUGGGUCAUCGCACCCCUAGAGUACGAGGCGUACCACUGCGAGGGCGUGUGCGACUUUCCUCUCAGGUCCCACCUGGAGCCUACCAACCACGCCAUCAUCCAGACGCUGAUGAACUCCAUGGACCCUGGCAACAUGCCACCCAGCUGCUGCGUUCCGUCCAAGCUCAGCCCCAUUAGCAUCCUGUAUACAGACGCCGGCAACAACGUGGUGUACAAACAGUACGAGGACAUGGUGGUGGAGUCAUGUGGGUGUAGGUGAUCGAUACCUUCUCUUAGAAACAAAGGCCCAUGCACACUGCACAGGUGGAUUCUAGCUUUAAGAUCAGCAAGUGGAGAAUUAGUGGAGCUGUUGAAAGAGUCAGAGCUGAACCUCUUUGCUGCAUACAGUCACCAGGAGUUCCACUUCUCUAACAGGCCUCGCUCGUGAAACAGGGCUUCUCAAUCUAAAAUUAUUAUUGUCUGCUUUCAAAAAUGACACCUUCCUGUUUCUGCCAGGUGAGAGAGGAGAAAGAAGUUGUGGCCUCAUUCCACAUCAUGGGCAUGUGUUUGGUUUUACCACACAAAAUACUCACACUCCCAAAUGUCUUAAAUGCAUUCUUUGGCACUAUUUUGUGUGCAGGUUUGUAAAUAACAUGUAUAUUAUGAUUGUACAGGCACAAAUUCUAAUUUAUAUUCAGUUAAAUUAUUGCUCUCGAUAACUGCUACCGUUCACACAUUUAUAACUUUAUAUUUUAUAACUUUACUGAUUUAGAGUCCAAUUACCAUAUGUUUACCUCAUGGCAGAACUGGGGUGAUUUUAUCCUUGGUGUAUGAACACACAUACUUACUUUUGUGCAGUCCUGUUAAUACUGUAUACAAAUGAGAACCAUG